GACACCUGGGGACACCUGGUCAUACAGGGGGGACCAGGACAGAGCUUGGGGACCCCUGGGGCACGCUGAGGACCCUGAUGGGACCAGGACUAAGUCUGGGGACCUCUGGCUGUUGUCGUGUGACCAAGACUGGGCUUGGAAACAUCUGGGGACACCCGAACACCCCAGAAGGAGCAGGGUCAAGCUUUGAGACCUCUGGGGACCCUCCCCAUACCGAGGUGUUGGGGGGAGCCCUUCUGCCCCCCCCAAAUCCCCCAGAGCCCCGGUAAUCGGCUCGACCCGGCUCAGGGGGCCGAUUAGGCGCUGAGCCCGGUUUAGCCCACCCUAAUCCCCAAGUUUGGCCGGGCUGAGCCCUGAUCCCCAUUAAGCAGCUUUGGGGGCGCAGGGUAUAUCAGGGGGGUGGGCGUCCCCCCCCCCCACCACCGCCACCAUGGACGAGGAGGAGUUCUACCUGUUCAAGAACCAGUCGUCGGUGGGGCCCUGGGAUGGGCCCCAGUACCACAUCGCGCCCAUGUGGGCCUUCUACCUGCAGACCAUCUUCAUGGGGCUGGUGUUCGUGGCGGGCACCCCCCUGAACGCCAUCGUCCUCAUCGUCACCAUCAAGUACAAGAAGCUGCGGCAGCCGCUCAACUACAUCCUGGUGAACAUCUCCGUCAGCGGCCUCAUGUGCUGCGUCUUCUGCAUCUUCACCGUCUUCGUCUCCAGCUCCCAGGGGUACUUUGUCUUCGGGAAGCACAUGUGUGCCUUUGAGGGCUUUGCAGGGGCCACCGGAGGGCUGGUGACAGGGUGGUCCUUGGCCUUCCUGGCCUUUGAGCGCUACAUCGUCAUCUGCAAACCCUUCGGCAACUUCCGCUUCAACUCCCGCCACGCCUUGCUGGUCGUGGCGGCCACCUGGAUCAUCGGCGUCGGCGUCGCCGUCCCCCCCUUCUUCGGCUGGAGCAGGUACGUCCCCGAGGGGCUGCAGUGCUCCUGCGGCCCUGACUGGUACACAGUGGGCACCAAGUACAAGAGCGAGUACUACACCUGGUUCCUCUUCAUCUUCUGCUUCAUCGUCCCUCUCUCCCUCAUCAUCUUCUCCUACUCGCAGCUGCUCAGCGCUCUGCGGGCCGUGGCAGCGCAGCAGCAGGAGUCGGCCACGACACAGAAGGCAGAGCGGGAGGUGUCACGCAUGGUCGUGGUCAUGGUCGGGUCCUUCUGCCUGUGCUACGUCCCCUACGCGGCCCUGGCCAUGUACAUGGUGAACAACCGCGAACACGGCAUCGACCUGCGCCUCGUCACCGUCCCUGCCUUCUUCUCCAAGAGCUCCUGCGUCUACAACCCCAUCAUCUACUGCUUCAUGAACAAACAGUUCCGCGCCUGCAUCAUGGAGACGGUGUGCGGGCGGCCCAUGUCAGACGACUCCGACGUGUCCAGCUCGGCUCAGCGCACCGAGGUCUCCUCUGUGUCCUCCAGCCAGGUCGGCCCCAGCUGAGGGGCUCUG